AGGUUUUUAAAACAAAAACAUAGAUGGCCAACAAUCGCGGAUCUCACUCUUGUUCGAGAGAGAAAAAAAACCUGGAACGCUUGUUUGGCAUUUUGACAUGUCUUGACAGCUCCACUGAUUUUAAUUAUUACAACAAUAAUAAAUAAAUAAAUAAAUAAUUAAAAACAUAAACAAAUAAUUUAACAACAAUCAAAAUUUAAUUUAAAAAAAAAAUCAAGCAAACAAUAUAAUAAAAACAAAUAGAAAAAAAUUAAUUUUAAUAUGUAUCAAAACAUUAAAGUGUCAAAUAUAUAUUUCUGGAUAAAAUUAAUUAAAAUUCAAUAAUUAUUUGUAAUGGAUAAAUGAAAUAUUGUAAUUUUUUUUAUCAAUCAAUUGUCUCACUGAAUAAGAUAUUUAGAAUAUCAACAAUAAUUAAUGUUUAUUGUUGAUUAUCAGGUAAAAAAUUGAGUUAAAAAUAUCACAAGACAAAUGUCUUCGUGAUGGGAGUUCCUACACGUGGUGUUUUAUCUAGUUUUGUGGCAAUUGCUGCAUUUAUUGUCUAUGCAAAUAGUCUAAAUUGUGGUUUUGUAUUUGAUGAUAUAUCAGCAAUUAAAGAUAAUCGUGAUUUACGACCACAUACACCACUUAAAAAUGUUUUUCUCAAUGAUUUUUGGGGUACACCAAUGCAUAAGGAACAAUCGCACAAAUCAUACAGACCAUUUUGCGUACUUACAUUUCGAUGGAAUUACAUGAUUCAUCAGUUGGAUCCAAUGGGUUAUCAUUUGUUGAAUGUAAUUUUACAUGUUGGUGUGUGCAUUUUGUAUUUCAGGACAUGUUUGAUGUUUCUAUCAGAUUUAGCAAGUUUUGUAUCUGCUUUGUUAUUUGCUGUUCAUCCAAUACAUACAGAAGCUGUAACUGGUGUUGUUGGAAGAGCUGAAUCAUUAUCAUCAUUAUUUUAUUUGGGUGCAUUGAUAAUGUAUACAAAAUCAUGUAAAACAAAAAGAAUAACAUCAUGGCGUCCAAUGACAAUAUCAAUGAUAUGUGUAUUUAUUGCAAUGUUAUGUAAAGAACAAGGUAUAACAGCAACAGCUGUUUGUGUACUUUAUGAAAUAUUUGUUGUACAAAAAGUUAAAGCAAUGGAUAUAUUAUUGGCAAUUAAAUCAGCAUUUGGUGGUAAUAAAGUUAAUCCAACAUGGUCAAGUGAAGGUACAAAACGUCUUGCUGCAUUGACAAUUGUAACAUUUAGUUUAUUAAUAUUGAGAUUACAUGUUAUGGGAUCAAGAUUACCAGUAUUUACAAGAUUUGAUAAUCCAGCAUCAGUAUCAUCAACACCAACAAGACAAUUAACAUAUAAUUAUCUUGCAAUGGUUAAUUUAAGAUUAUUAAUUUUACCAUAUGAUUUAUGUUGUGAUUGGACAAUGGGAACAAUACCAUUAAUUGAAAGUUUAUUUGAUAUACGUAAUAUUGGUACAAUUGUUGCUUAUGGAAUGAUAUUAUUUUUAUUAACAACAGCUGUUAUUACUAAAAAUCGACAAUUAUCAAUUAUUAUUAUUAUUAGUUUAGCAUUAUUAAUAUUACCAUUUUUACCAGCAUCAAAUUUAUUUUUUCCUGUUGGUUUUGUCAUUGCUGAAAGAGUUUUAUAUGCACCAUCAAUGGGUUUCUGUAUGCUUGUUGGAUAUGGUUGGAGUAUAUUAGCUGAAAAAAGAUAUCCAAAAUUAUCGACAAUUUUAUUGGCAAUAUUAUUACUGUCACAUUCAGUUAAAACAUAUGUACGAAAUUAUGAUUGGAUUGAUGAGUAUUCAAUAUUUAUGUCUGGUUUAAAAGUUAAUACAAAUAAUGCAAAGUUAUUUAAUAAUGUUGGACAUGCAUUGGAAGGACAAGGACGUUACAUUGAAGCAUUAGAUUAUUUUAAUCAAGCAGUUAGUGUUCAGGUUGAUGAUAUUGGUGCUCAUAUUAAUGUUGGAAGAACAUAUAAUCAUUUAAAAAUGUUUAAAGAAGCAGAAGAUGCUUAUCUUCGGGCAAAAUCAUUAUUACCAAAAGCUAAACCUGGUGAAUCUUAUCAAGCAAGAAUUGCACCAAGUCAUUUAAAUGUAUUUGUUAAUUUGGCAAAUUUAAUUGCUAAAAAUUCAACGAGAUUAGAAGAAGCUGAUUUAUUAUACAGACAAGCAAUAAGUAUGCGUGCUGAUUAUACACAAGCUUAUAUUAAUAGAGGUGAUGUUUUAAUAAAAAUGAAUAGAACAAAAGAAGCACAAGAAGUUUAUGAAAGAGCACUAUUUUAUGACAGCAAUAAUCCUGAUAUUUAUUACAAUUUGGGUGUUGUUUUUUUGGAACAAGGAAAAGCCUCACAAGCACUUGCUUAUCUUGACAAAGCACUUGAAUUUGAUCCUGAGCAUGAACAGGCACUUUUAAAUUCGGCAAUUUUACUUCAAGAAUUGGGAAGAGAAGAGCUGAGAAAAGUUGCAAGAGAACGACUUUUAAAACUUCUUAGAAAAGAUUCAAGUAAUGAACGUCUUCAUUUUAAUCUUGGUAUGUUAGCAAUGGAUGAUCAUGAUACAGCAAGUGCUGAAAGAUGGUUUCGUAAUGCUGUUGCACUUAAAGAAGAUUUUCGUUCAGCAUUAUUUAAUCUUGCAUUAUUAUUAGCUGAUGAACAUCGUCCACUUGAAGCAGCACCAUUUUUAAAUCAACUUGUUAGAUUUCAUCCAGAUCAUAUUAAAGGUUUAAUACUACUUGGUGAUAUUUAUAUAAAUAAUAUACGUGAUUUUGAUGCUGCUGAAAAUUGUUAUCGUAGAAUAUUACAAAUUGAUCCAACAAAUAUCCAAGGUUUACAUAAUUUAUGUGUUGUUAUGGUUGAACGAGGACAAUUAUAUUUAGCAUCACAAUGUCUUGAAAAAGCAUCAUUAUUAGCACCAGAACAAGAUUACAUUACAAAGCAUUUAUCAAUUGUUAAUUCAAGGCUAGAUAAAAUACCACCAGAACAACGUGAUACUGGUGAAAUAUUUGAUGAUUCAUUUCUUUAUACAAGCAAUAAUGAUAAUUUAAAUAAUCAAGAUGGACAAUUUAUUGGUAAAACAGAUGUUACAUUUUUAAAUAAUGGCGUUAUAAACAAUCAUAAUCACAAUGUUGCUAAUAAUAUUAAUAAAGAUACGAUUGAAAGAAAUAAUUUUAAUGGUGGACAAAAAAGUCCAAGACCAUUGUCAAAAGUUAGUAAAAAUAAAAAUAAUAAUAAACAACAACAACAACAACAACAACCAAUUGAAUCAUUACCAAAAAUACAAGAAACAGCUCGUGUACUUGAUAAUGUUAUCAAUAAAAAUCCAAGUGAAUUAGAAUUUGUACGUAAUCGUGGUAUGAAAGUUGUUAAUCCGAAUUAAUUUCUUUUUUUUUUUUUAAAAAAAAAGGAAACAAGACGACUUGAUUUAGUUUUAACAUUAAUAAUAAAAUUGGCGUGAUAAAUAAAAAUAAAAAGUACGUCAGAAAGUGCAAAGAUUAAUGAUAUAUUAUUAUAAAAAAAAAAAAAAAAAGAAAAGAAAAAGUAUAUAUGUAUAUUGACCCUCCAAAUAUUGUAAAUUAAAUAUAUAAUGAAAUGGUUUUUAAUAUAAUGAAGGCAUUAGAAGUAAUAGCAGCUAUUGUGUGAAUAUAAAUUGGAAUAAAGAGAAUUGUUUUAUAUGCUGUAAAAAUAGAAUGUUUUUUAUAUAAUAUAUAAAGAUAUAUGUGUCUUUGAAUAAACA